AUGACACUACACCUCCAACGGCCGUCCUGGCACGCAGGCGAGCUCGCAGUGCACAAGCUGGUCCACGUGCCGACCCCCGAGAACCCAACAGCCGCGGGCUUCCCCGCAAGAUACGGCUACCGCGUCCAGCAGUCGCCGCUCGUGGCACUGGGCGCCCUGGACGACGAUGGCAAGCCGUGGACCACCGUCUGGGGCGGGAUGCCCGGGUUCGCGAGGCCCAUAGGGCAUGACCUGCUCAUGGCCGGGAGCCUGGUGGACGCGGAGCACGACCCGGUGAUCUCGGCCUUGUUCGGCAGCGGCGCAGGGAAGGGGGAUGGAGGGCCCAGCAGCAGGUACCAGAUGGACCAGGCCGACUUCGCGUCCGGCGGCGGGAAGGUCGUGUCCGGGCUGAGCAUCGACCUCGCCACGCGGGACCGGGUCAAGGUCGCCGGGAGGCUGGUCGAGGGCGGCGUAGUCAUUGAGCCGGGCCCGCUCGGCGGCGACGAGAAUGGGGUCGCCAGGGCCGAGAUGGUGGUCCUCGUCGAGGAGGGCCUGGGGAACUGCCCAAAAUACAUCAACAAGCGGGACAUCCGCGCCGCCGUGCCUGAGCCGCGGCUGGUAUCUGACAGCCUCCCGCUCCCGGCAGAGGCCGUCGAGCUGCUGGGCAAGGCGGACCUGUUCUUCCUGACGACGGCCUCAGCUGACAGUCGGACGAUGGACACGAACAACCGUGGUGGACCGCCGGGCUUCGUGCGCGUCAUGCACAACAGCCCCGGAGACGGUGUCGACCUCGUCUACCCGGAGUACUCGGGCAACCGCUUAUACCAGAGCCUUGGGAACAUGCACGUCCGGCCCCUGGUAGGCAUCUGCGUCCCUGACUUCGACUCGGGCGACGUACUCUACCUCACGGGCGAGACGGAGAUUCUCGUGGGACCCGACGCGGGGAGGAUCCUCCCGCACACCAAGCUCGCCGUCAAGAUCCAUGUCACCGCAGCCAACAUGCCAGACUACAGCCCCUACAACCCGCCCGUCCGGCGCCUCGCCGCCGAGCAGGAGGCGGGGCUCGCCCUCCCCGGGGACGCCAACACGAAACCGCCCGCGACGGCCACCCUCGUGAGCAGGGACAUCAUCACGCCGACGGUCGCCCGGUUCACGUUCAGGCUCGAGACGUCGAGAAAACUCAACAAGUGGAAGCCCGGGCAGCACGCCACGCUCGACUUCGCGCCCGAGCUGGACAUCGGCUGGUCCCACAUGCGCGAGGACGACCCGGCCAGCCUGAACGACGACUUCGUCCGCACCUUCACCGUCUCCAACGCCGCGCCUGGCAGGAUUGACAGUGACGACGACACGAUAAGCGACGGCACAGAGCUCCAGAUCACGGCCAGGAGGCACGGCCCCGCGACCGGCCUGCUGUGGAGGCAGAACCCCCGCGUGCCCCUGGAGCUUCCCGUGCUGGGCUUCGGCGGGUCGGAGGAGUUCCGCGCGCCCCUGGGCGGCGGCGGGGAGACGAAGAAGAAGGCGGCCGUGUUCGUCGCGGGCGGCGCCCCCGGGCUGCUCGCCUCCUUCCCAUCGGGGGAGCCCAACUUCUCCCUGCUGUGGAGCCUCCGCGCGGCCGACCUGCCGCUGGCGCUCGACUCGUUCGCGCGGUGCGAGGGCCUCGCGGCGCGAACCCGCGUCUUCGUCAGCGGUGAGGCUUCCACGGCGGCCGAGGAUAUCUCCAAGCUCGAGGGUCUCGGGGCUGUGGUUACAGUGGGCAGGCUGACGCGGGAUGAUGUGCUUCGGCGUGAUGGGGCACAGGAAGGAGAGCGGGGGAGGAAGUUCUAUUGCUGCGCGGGACCUGGAUUGAUCAAGGCGGUUCUGGGAUGGUUGGAGGGUGAGGAGGUGGUCUACGAGAGCUUCGAGUAUUAA